GUGGGCUUUGGACAAAGAAAGCUCGAAGACAGAACAAAUAGAGAGAGAGUGUGUGUGUGUAAGAGUGUGAUAGUGAGAGGGAGAGUCCCUUGUUCGUUUUCUUGUUUCUUCAGCUCAAUUUAUCGAUACAAAUAACAUUAUUAUAUACCCAUCAGAAUUUGGCCAUUUUUUUAUCGCUCAGGGAAGAAGAAAUGGAAUUCGAAGAUCAUGAAGAGGAGCAAGAGGAAGAGCUGUGUAUGGCGGCAGCGAGUUACGACUCGCUGUCCAACCCGUCCCGGGUGAAGAUGCCAGGUGGCGCUGAAGCUAUGAUGGUGGCUCAGCCCUUGAGGAAUAACAACGCCAAGGCAAGGUACAGGGAGUGCCUCAAGAACCACGCCGUCGGAAUCGGUGGCCACGCCCUCGACGGUUGCGGAGAGUUCAUGGCGGCGGGAACCGAAGGCACCCUCGAAUCUCUCAAAUGCGCCGCCUGCAACUGCCACCGCAAUUUCCACCGCAAAGAGACAGAAACAGCCACCUUCGCCGGAGACCCGUAUUUGUUGACCCACCACCACCACCAUCACCAGCCGCCUCCGCCGCAAUUCGGGGCGUAUUAUCGGACGCCGGGUGGGUACUUGCACGUGGCGGGGCAGCAGAGGGGUGCGGGGACGCUGGCGCUGCCGUCGACCUCCGGGGCAGGAGGUGGCGGAGGAUGUGGGACCCAGAGCACGAGGGAGGAUCAGGAGGACGUUUCGAACCCGAGUGCAGGAGGAUUAGGGUCGAAGAAGAGGUACAGAACCAAGUUCUCGCAGGAACAGAAGGACAAGAUGCUUGAGUUAGCUGAGAGAUUGGGUUGGAGGAUUCAGAAGCACGACGACGCUGUGAUUCAAGAGUUCUGCAACGACACUGGUGUCAAGCGUCAUGUUCUCAAGGUUUGGAUGCAUAACAACAAACACACUCUUGGUAAGAAGCCCUAGAAAAAAUUUGAGAAUUUUUUUUUCCCUCUCGGGUGUUCCUCUCUCUCUCUCUCUCUCUCGUUCUGUGUAUGUACCAUAUUGCUAAGUGCUGCUCUUCAUCGUGGGUUAAAGGAUAUGCUCUUUUCAUCAAUCCUUCAAUAUUUUCUCAGUGUAUAUUGGUUAAGUAUUAUGAGGUUGAAGUUGAAGUUGGAAGGUGGGAAAUUGAGUUGCUGACUGUCUGAGAAGCCUGCUGCUAGCUCAGCAAAAUUCUUAGGGUUUCUUUUUCUUUUUAUUCUUCUUUUCCUUCUCAUUUUGGGGAAAGGUGGGGCUAUAUUUCUGGUUGUGUUAGUGUUUGAGCAUGUAGACAUGGUUCUACUCCAAUUAAUUAUAGCCUGUAUUAUUGUUGAUGAACUAGCUAAUUUCACUUCAUUUC